UCCGCUUGGGAACGGAAACGAGCGCUGGGGACCUGUUUUGCAGGCAGACACCUUCGAGCCCCGGGUUUCCCUUCCCAAUCGCUCGGCUUCUUCCUCCGUCAUGUUCCCGAGGGCCUCCGCAAUCCUCAAUCUGCCUCCCGUUUCCCGCCUCCCUCCGUGCCGCGGAGGCCCGGAGGCUGCAGCCACGGCGGUCGUGCUCCUCAGGACAAAAAGUAAUAUACAGAGAUAUUUUGGAACUACCAGCCUGAUUUAUAGCAAGAAGGAUGAGCAGUCUGUUCCAACCCAGGAGACUUCCAAGGAGCCAAAGAGCCAAGAUGGUGAAAAAGAGAAAAAGAAAAAAGACUUGUUGAGUAUUAUUAAGGAUAUGAAAGUUGAAUUAAGCACAGUAAAUGUACGGACAACAAAGCCACCAAGUAGAGGACCUCUUAAAAACUUGCCAACUGCAAUUCGUAGACCUCAGAAAGCUGCAGAAGAUGCCCCCAAACAGAGCAGCGAGCCUGAGUCCCUGAGUUCGGAGUUAGUGGCUGCUGUGUCAGCUGUUGCAGAAUCUCUCCCCUUUGACAAGCAGACAACCAAGUCUGAACUGCUGAGGCAGCUCCAGCAGCACGAAAAGGAGUCAAGGGCCCAGAAAGAAGAAGAAAGACCUAAAAUUAGUUUCAGUAACAUAAUAUCAAAUAUGAAAGUUGCUCGGAAUACUGCAGCAAGAGUUAGUACAAGACCAGUGCAUCAGAUUCAGUUUGAUGAAGACUCUGACAGUUAUCUGGGCGAGAAGACUAUUGAAAAUAGAAAAAGUAUUAAUAGAAGUUUGCUCCAGGGGAAGAGACUUAAUAUUUUUGAGCUGAAGGCAGAUACUGCUGCUGCAGAGACACCAGAAACAGAGAUGGCCCCUACACUUUGGGAUGUGGAAUUUGCUAAACAGUUAGCCACAGUAAACCAACAGCCCUUUCGGAAUGGUUUUGAAGAGAUGAUUCAGUGGACCAAAGAAGGGAAAUUGUGGACAUUCCCAAUUGACAAUGAAGCAGGUUUUGAUGAUGAUGGUUCAGAAUUUCAUGAACAUAUAUUUCUGGAUAAAUACUUGGAGGAUUUUUCUAAACAAGGACCUAUUCGCCACUUCAUGGAGCUGGUGACCUGUGGCCUUUCCAAAAACCCAUAUUUGAGUGUUAAGCAGAAAGUAGAACACAUAGAAUGGUUUAGAAAUUAUUUUAAUGAGAAACAGGAUGUCUUAAAAGAAAGCGGCAUACAGUUCAAUUAAGA